AGAAGUCGGAAGUGUGAUGGAGUACUACUCAUCAUCAGCUGACAGCUGGUGUAUCUGUGUGUUUGUACUCGGAAAUAUGCGAUGCAAAUUUCUAGUUUUGGGGUGUUUGGUUUUUACCCCCGAGAUCUCAGCCCCACCGCUACCAUCGGACGGCUGCCUAGAGCCACCGCCGGUUCGGGUCGGGACCGGAAUACCACCACUCUAGGAUCAACCUGCACAGUUCCCGGCUUCCCGCCGCCGCCGCCGCCGCGGGCAGCACCGGCCGUCGGCCUCUUCGUCCCCGCCCAGCUUGCGAGAAAGAGCGAAACGUUUCCCCUUCGAAUCCUCGCGUGCCGGGGGUGACACGCCUCGUGGUACCGCCGGGAGAUGGUGAAGAUAGUGACGUACAACGUGAACGGGCUGCGGCCGCGGGUGGCGCAGCACGGCUCGCUCCGCCGCCUCCUCGACGCCCUCGACGCCGACAUCAUCUGCUUCCAGGAGACCAAAUUGUCAAGGCAGGACCUAUCUGCGGAUGUCAUCAUGGCUGAAGGAUAUGAGGCCUUUGUUUCAUGCAAUCGCUCUUCAAAAGGCCGUGGAGCAUACUCUGGUGUUGCAACAUUUUGCCGAGUAACAUCAUCAUUUUCCAGCCAGGAGGUUGCUUUGCCGGUAGCAGCUGAAGAAGGCUUUACUGGACUUCAGGACUAUGCAAAAAAUAGUGAAACUGUUGGGGAUUUCAUUAUUGCAAUGCCUGUCGAGGAGGAGGGUCUUGGUGAAAUCACAAGAGAGGACCUCCUAAGGGUUGACAAUGAGGGGCGGUGCAUCAUCACUGAUCAUGGACACUUUGUUCUUUUCAACAUAUAUGGCCCAGCUGUUGAAGAAGAUGAUAAAGAGCGGGUUCGUUUUAAGCUACUCUUUUAUAAGAUACUGCAGAAAAGAUGGGAACAUCUAUUGGCUCUUGGAAAGAGAGUCUUUGUUGUUGGUGAUUUGAAUAUUGCUCCUGCUUCUAUAGAUAGGUGUGACGCGCCACCUGGCUUCGAGAAGCAAAUGUUCCGAGUAUGGAUGAGAUCCAUGCUGAGAGAACAUGGAGGUCCCUUUUUUGAUGCUUUUAGAUCAAAACACCCUGAAAGGACAGGAGCAUAUACUUGUUUUAAUCAGAAAAUUGGUGCUGAAGAAUAUAACUAUGGUUCUAGAAUCGACCACAUUCUCAUUUCCGGUUCCUGUCUCCAUCACUGUGAUUCUGUGGAGUACCAUAACAUUUUUUGUUGCCAUGUAGAAGAAUGUGAGAUAAUGAAUCAUUUCAAAAGAGGGAAUUCUGAAAAUUUGUCAAAGUGGAAAGGGGGAAGAAGUAAUAAGCUAGAAGGAUCUGAUCAUAUUCCAGUUUAUAUUUUACUGAAAGAAAUACCUGAACUUCCAGUUCAUAAUAUCCCACCAUCAGCUGCAAGAUAUCUUCCAGAGGUCCGUGGACGGCAACAAAGUAUUGUAUCAUUCCUCGAUAAAGGGAAAAUUUAUGAGCUGCAAAAUGCUGCAAAUUUGAUUCAGUCCGGAGAUAUAGUAGGCCAUAGCUACUGUAGUGAUAACAUGGAAAAUAGAACUAUAGCCAAGGAAGGACUGACAACUGGUAUAACUCAGUUUGCAAAAGGUGGUAACCUUCCUAGUUUGAUGCGCAAGGGGACAGAUCUAGAUCAAUUGACAAAUGAAUGUAUAAUUGGCAUCUCUCAUAGCAGCCAGAGAGCUUCACUGUCUAGCACCAAGUUUGUGCCAAAAAAGAAAAUUAAGAGCAACUUAUCAUCUCAACCAACAAUCAAGUCAUUUUUUCAACGACCAGGGUCAAAGACAGUAAAUGCCAGUACCAGUACCAGUACCUUAGUUACUCCAGCAGAAAAAGUAGACCUUACAAAUCAAACAUGUGUUCCAAACGAUGAUAGUCUACAUGAAAACAUGCAGUGCACAACUUCAGCAGCCGAAGAUCAGGAUAAUACAAAUGCAUCAUCCUGUUCACUUUCAGCAGACAAAUCUAAUGGUGCAGCAUUAGAGUGGCAGAGAAUACAACAAAAGAUGAAGAUGACACUACCGCGUUGCAAAGGGCAUCGUGAACCAUGCAUUCCGAGGUCUGUGAAGAAGGGUCCUAAUAUAGGCCGUUUGUUCUAUGUCUGUGCUCGUGCUCAGGGACCUGCAUCAAAUCCAGAAGCAAAUUGUGGCCACUUUCAGUGGGCACCUGGAAAGUCUAAAGAGAAACGUCAGUGACUGCCCCCCUCCCCCUCUUCCAGGUGAAAGAAUUCCUUCAGCACUCAGCAUAUGCUUUUAUGUUGUGCUAACUGUCCAUUUUAGCUUGGAGCCCAGGAUAUUUUGCUUCCUGUGAGUCUGGUACAUAACUUUGUCCCAGCAUAUGGAAACCAAUCCUGUCUGUAAUGUUUUCCAUGGAAACCAAAUGUGGGCAUUAUCACCCAUCUGUCUCCAGAAAUGAAGUGCCAGUUGUGCAGGAGAGCGACUGACUCCUAUAUCUCUUUCCAACAUUUACUCGUUAAAAGAGUCAUUUAUAUACUCCUUUUCAACCAGGUGGCAUGCCAUGGUAGGUUUUUUUUUUUCCUUCCUUUUCAAAACGACGGGAUAGGGCAUAUAUUAUACAGUAAUUCACAUUGUCUACCUUCAGCCUAUGUGGACAACCAUUUUGAGUGAAUCCACUUAUGCCUUUCCAAUUCCAACUGAUGAGCAUGUUCAGGUUAACAACUUAACCCAAGCCACUGGAGAAUUGGGUUUAAGUGAAAGAUACUUGACUAGCAUCACCUGACUAAAAGAAUCCAAGCAUUUUUCUUCCCGCCGUCUGAAACUAUUUGCUGGUCCUUCUGUGUUAGACUGUUAUCUGGCCUCACUCCCUACAUUGACCUGGAUUUGCUGGGCAAGAGAUUGUUUCCCUCGUUGAUGUGCCAUUAUACUUAAUUUCCUGGGAAAUUGAUACCGUUUA